AUGGACUUUGACACAAUUCACAGAGAAAAUCUUGCAAUGUACCCAAAAUUCUUUGAAGAAAGUUCAUACAUUCCGAAAAUGGAGGAGGGUUUGGGCAGUGCUGCUGCAUCAGCUUCAUCUUCAUCUUCCUCAAACAGAUUCUUCACAAACAACGCUCUCGAUUAUUUCCCCGUCGACGGAUCGUUGAACUCGCUUUGUUUCCCAUCGUUUCAAGACCCCUUCGAUCCAUUCAACAUGAGAUUCAACCAAGAUUUCUCCACUCUCGGACAAGAUCACAUGCAUGCCUCUCACAGUCUCCGCUUUCUAGAACCUUCCAAUUCCUUCCACUUUCAGACAGGCCUCCACUUCGAUGACUGUAAUUUGCAGAGCAAGAAUUUCGUCCAAGACGAAGAUGAUGAAGAAGGAAAUAUUCACAAGGGAGGUAUUAAUGGUGGAAAAAAUCAAAAUAAAAGGAAAAGAGUUGUUGAUAAAAAGUCUGAAAUCAUCAAAGGCCAAUGGACUCCAGAAGAAGAUGGGCUGCUGGUGGAGUUAGUAGAGAAGCAUGGUGUGAGAAAAUGGUCUUCAAUUGCUCAAAUGCUUCCAGGCAGAAUUGGGAAGCAAUGUAGGGAAAGAUGGCACAACCAUUUAAAACCUAAUAUUAAGAAGGAUCGGUGGUCGGAGGAAGAAGACCGGAUUCUGAUCUCCGCCCAUCAGAAGCUAGGCAACCGAUGGGCAGAGAUCGCCCGAAGCUUGCCAGGUAGGAGUGAGAAUACAAUAAAAAACCAUUGGAAUGCAACCAAGAGGAGGCAGCUUUCCUCACGUAGAAACACCUCCAACUCCAACUCCACCCCUCUCCAAAACUACAUCAAAACCCUCAUCAAUUCCCCCUCCCCGGCCCCAGCACCCACCCCCGCCCCCGAGGAGGAGGCGGAGAGCUUCUGCAGGCAGCACCAAACGGCGUCGUUGGAGACGCAAAUGCACGUGCAGUUUGAUAUCCAGAAGGAGAUGGAUUUCAUGGAGAUGCUCUCCUAUGGCUAUAUUUGA